AUGUCUCCCAACGUUCUCAGGUGGUUUAGCCUCGUAGCUCUUCUCUGGCUUCAAUCUAUCAAUGGCACCAACUUGAGUUUCCCUGCUUACUCUUCACAGCUCAAAGAGUUUCUCUCAAUCUCUCAGUUUAAACUAAACUACCUCUCCUUCGCCUCCGACGCCGGAAAAGUCCUCGGUUUCAUCUCCGGAAUCGCUGCCAUUUAUCUUCCUCUACCGCUCGUCCUUCUCGCCGGAGGUUCUUUGGGUUUCGCCGGCUACGGUCUCCAGUAUCUAUGCAUCGUCAAAAAGAUUAUCUGCUGGAUCAACACGGCUUGUUUUAUCGUAGCCAUCAACAGUUUUCCUGUGAACCGUCAAGUCGCAGUAGGGAUCACGGCGAGUUAUCAAGCUUUGAGUGGAAAAAUCUACACCGACAUAGUCCACACGUUCUUCUACUCGUCUCAACGCGAAGCUGCCUCUGGUUAUCUUUUGCUCUGCUCUCUCGUUCCUUUGGCUUGUUGUCUCGUGACGGCUCCUAUGUUGAUGAGAGAAGCAAAAGCGAUGUCGUUUUCAUCUAGGGAUGUUAACGUGGGCUUUAUCUUUUUGUUUGUUGUGACUAUAGCCACGGGGAUAUACUCCGUGGCUACGAGUCUUCUCUCGGUUCCAGCGGUUUUAGCACUCGUAGGCAUUGUUUUGUUUCUUCUUGCUCCCCUGGCUAUUCCAAGUGGAGUUAGGCUUGAAGAGCUUAUGUCCUCAACAAGAAGUCAACAAAAGGUAUACAACUUGGAAGCUCCUAUUGAAGAAGAUCAAAAGAAAGAAGAAGUUGACGAGAAGGCAAUAGUUGGAGUUAGAGAAGAGGUCGAGUGGACAAAACUAUGGAAGAGACUCGACUUUUGGAUAUAUUUUGGACUAUAUUUGUUCGGUCCGACGGUGGGGAUAGUGUUUAUGAACAAUCUUGGUCAAAUCUCUGAGUCUCGUGGCUGCGCCGCGACCUCUUCCAUGGUCGCUCUCUCGUCCUCGUUCGGGUUUUUCGGCCGCUUGCUUCCUUCGUUACUCGACUACUUCCUCUCUAGGAACAGAUACAUGCCAUCAAGCCCGGUUUCUAUGGCAGUCUCACUUGUAGCAAUGGUUGCUUCGUUUCUCCUCCUCCUCAUCGACUCUGACAUUGCUCUCUACGUCAGCACGGGGAUGAUCGGCGUCGUUUCCGGAGCAUUGACUUCUCUCUCCGUCACAAUGACUGCAGAGCUUUUUGGGACGAAACACUUUGGAGUUAACCAUAACAUUGUUGUCGGAAGCAUUCCGAUCGGUUCGUUUGCUUUUGGUUUAUUUGCAGCUAAAGUUUACCGCGAUGGAGCUUCCUUGGACGGACGUUUUGACGGAAAGUGUUUUGGGAUGUAUUGCUUUCAAACCACUUUGAUCUUUUGGGGAAUGCUAUGUUCUGUCGCCACCGUUCUAGCCACCGUUUUAUAUCUGCGCAACCGCAAGUUCUACUCGCAGAUGCGUUAG